GGCCUGGCGCGGCGGGCGGGCGAGAGCAGCUGCGCGUGGGGAGGCGCGUGGGACCCGCGUGGGAGCAGCAGCAAGCAGGGACCGGGAACGCGCGGCGCCGCCGCCGGGCCCACAGGCCCCCGCGAGCGCAGUGCCCGCCCCCGUCGCCCGCCCACCCGGGCGCGGCUGGAUGCGGCGGGGGCCCCGCGGCGGCGGCGCCCGGUCCCCAGCGCCCGGAACGCCCAGGAGCGGCGUGCGGGGCCCGGGGGCUCCGCGCCCUCCAUGCGCCGAGGCGCGCCCCGAGACAGCCAGGGGCCCGCGCCGCAGCCGCCGCCGCCGCCGCCCGCGCUGAGCCCCGGCGCAGCCCGCGGCCCGCGCCCGGCGGCAGCAUGAGCCAGGCCGAGCUGUCCACCUGCUCGGCGCCGCAGACGCAGCGCAUCUUCCAGGAGGCCGUGCGCAAGGGCAACACGCAGGAGCUGCAGUCGCUGCUGCAGAACAUGACCAACUGCGAGUUCAACGUGAACUCGUUCGGGCCCGAGGGCCAGACGGCGCUGCACCAGUCGGUCAUCGACGGCAACCUGGAGCUCGUGAAGCUGCUGGUCAAGUUCGGCGCCGACAUCCGCCUGGCCAACCGCGACGGCUGGAGCGCGCUGCACAUCGCCGCGUUCGGCGGCCACCAGGACAUCGUGCUCUAUCUCAUCACCAAGGCCAAGUACGCGGGCGGCGGCCGGUGAUGCCCAUCCCCGGACCCGGACGCGGGCCUCGAGCGUGUCGUCUGCUGUACCUUCCCGCCAACUACCUCGGUGCGCACCGGGCUCUCCGGCCCAGAGGCCACGACGAGUCAGGCGCGCGCGUCCGCGCCCACGGGGGCCGCGCGGCGCCCGCUGCCAGGGGUCGACGCCCCCGCGCGGCCGCGGGGACCCGGGCCGAGGGCUUCCCACGGCCCCGCCCGCCGCCUCGUGGUGGUGGUGGGGCGUUGUGCGGGAGGUGGGGGCGGGGCGCGGGCUGCAGCCCCUUUGAAAUUUGAGUCUCGCUACCAGCAAGUUCGGAGUUCCCGAGACACCGGAUCCUCCGGGCAGAAUGUUUUCUCCCGAAGGUGGAAAGCGGGCGUCGGGGACGCCGGCCUCGGGGCGCCCCGCCGCCCGCAGGACCCGCGGCCGAAGCCCGCAGUCGCCUAGGGGCCACGGCGGGGCGUCUGCGGCCCGGACGCGCGAUGGUGGAGACGCUUCGCUGUUCCUGGGGUUCUAAACUAUUUAUCAUGUGUGUGUAUAUUUGUGGGUGAAGUUUGUGCGCCUGAUUUUUUUUUUUUUUUUUUUUUUUUUUUUGGUUUGGAAAAUACUGUGCGUGGUCAUUGCGGUUAUAGGGGAGAUGCAUUUCUGUUUCCUAGUCUUAAAACUAAAACUUGAGUCUGUCGUUUCUUGGUUGCACUGAAAGUACCGCCCCGCCCGAAGGCUCUCCCGUGCUAGUCCCUCUGCCUCGGUUCUCUGUCCCCUCCCCCUCGCCCCUGCCUCCUCCCGUCUCUCCUUCUUACACUCGGACGCACAGCUCCGAGGGAGCUGUGGAAGCCCCGGGCCUCCCUCUGCCCUCUCCUGGGGAGGCCACCAUCCCCCAAACCUGCUGGCUUCGCGGAGUCUCCUCGGCAGCACGGGUGCUCGGGUGUGGCGGUGGGGGGCGGGGCGGGCGGGGAUCAGGAUACCUUUUCUAGUGAGUUCUAUUACAGUUAGUCUGUUGAACACUUUUUUUAAAAAAGUAAAUGGAUUUGCCACGAUUGAAUGUCAUAACAUUUAUGACAGAAUAUAAAAUAUUAACAUAUUUUAAGCCAAGUUUUAGGUGUAUUUUUUGAAUCUUGGUUAUAAACCCAAUUUUAAAGGGCGUUGUAUCCAGCGUUGUGAAGGCAACAGUGUACCCAUAUUUAUAUUUUUAUAAAAUACCUAUAAGACUGUGAAUCUCUUGUGCUAAUUGCUGAGUGAGUUGAAGGACUGUUUUGCCCCUCUUCGGUCUCCCGGAGCUUCAAGGACCCGAUUCGAAUCCGAAAAAUCCUGUCAUGGGGGAGGGGCCGCGCGGGGACCUGGGCCGGAGGCGGGGCUUCUGCGUCACUUUCUGUCCCGAAAGGCGCCCUUCCUGGUCUCCGAGGUUCCAAUUUUCUAUGCAACCCCACACCCCUUGUUGUUUUGAUCCUGAGAAAUAAAAGGGAGGCUGAAUUAUUCAAAUUUAAA